CUCUCCCCUCUCCCUCACUCUUCCCCGAGGCUAUGUCCACCCGGUGCAGCCAGGGGGGCAGCGUCAGAGGCACGCAGCCGCGUGGGGGCUACAGAGCCCGGAGCCAGCCCUACAAGAUGCACUUCGGACCCCCGCGGCUGGAAGAAUGAGCUUGUCCUUCCUCCUCCUGCUCUUCCUCAGCCACCUGAUCCUCAGUGCCUGGACUCACGGUGAGAAGCGCCUCGCCCCCAGAGGGCACCCCGGACCCACUGCCACUGACAGGAGCCCAGGAGGUGCCAGCAGUAGCGGCCGGACGUCGUCCUCUGCCCCCGCCUCCCCUGCGGCCCCGCAGGGCGGCCCGGCCAGCGGCGCGGAGCAGAGCAGCUUCCAGUGGAGCCCCUCGGGGCGCCGCACUGGCAGCCUCUACUGCAGGGUGGGCAUCGGUUUCCAUCUGCAGAUCUACCCUGAUGGCAAAGUCAAUGGUUCCCACGAAGCUAACAUGCUAAGUAUUUUGGAAAUAUUUGCUGUGUCUCAGGGGAUUGUAGGAAUACGAGGAGUUUUCAGCAACAAAUUUUUAGCGAUGUCAAAAAAAGGAAAACUCCAUGCAAGUGCCAAAUUCACAGAUGACUGCAAGUUCAGGGAACGAUUUCAGGAAAACAGCUAUAAUACGUAUGCUUCGGCAGUACACAGAACUGAGAAAACGGGGCGGGAGUGGUACGUGGCCCUGAACAAGCGAGGGAAAGCUAAGCGAGGCUGCAGCCCCCGGGUCAAACCCCAGCACAUCUCUACCCACUUUCUGCCAAGGUUCAAGCAGUCCGAACAGCCAGAACUUUCUUUCACGGUGACCGUCCCUGAGAAGAAAAAGCCACCGAAUCCUAUCAAGCCAAAGGUUCCCCUCUCUGCGCCUCGGAAAAGUCCCAACACAGUCAAAUACAGACUCAAGUUUCGCUUUGGAUAAAAUUCACCUUGGCCUUGUGAAAAACCAUGCUUUUCCCUCAGGAGAUGAUAGGUGUCUUUAGAGCUGUGAAGAAACUUUUUUUUUGGACACAGCUUCAGCUGUACUACACUGUAUGGAAAUCAGGUCGUUGUUUCAGUUUGCCUGAACCAAAAACAUUUUUGACAGGAACUGAACUGGAAAUCUUUGUACCAAUUUAGGUACAGUUUAUGAAGACAUAAAGCCUUUUUUUUGCUUGAUGCUUGGUGCAGACUAGCAUUCUGUAUUUUCAGGAUGUGAAAUAGUGUGGACAAUACAUUUUUCUGACUUUCACAGAACAACCUGAAAGAACAUACAUGAUACAUUUUAUUUUUUGUUUUUUUUUUAAAGAAUAUUUUGAUGCAGAUAAAAUAUUUUAUUAAUUUUUGGUUUCUGGUGUUAUUUUUAAAAGUAUCUCUGCAUUGAACAUAUUUUCCUAUUUUUAUUAUUUUAAUGACAACAAUUUACUGCAAUUUAAGAAUUAUAAAUGUGUUUAUAAACUAUUUGUAAUAUGUGCAUUUCUUUUUCAUUUUACUUAUUCAUUGCACUUUUGAUUUGUAUUGUUUCAACUAUACCUCAGGCAAUGUACGUUUAGUUCUUCAUCUUAAAAAGUUUGAAUUCUCUUCAACAGCACCAGAGGCUCAGCUUGGGUGCUCAUGAGUAUGUGUGUGUGGUAUGUGUGUGUGUUGUGUGUGCGUGUGCGUGUUCGUCUGCAUGUAUGUAGAAUCUUACCCCUUUAUAGAUGGGCUAUAGUGGGCUACAAAUAAGAAGAAAAUCCAAGAAUUUUCUGGCUGGAAGUAGUAGUCAGAGAUAAGAUAAGGAUUUGAGAUACAUGUGUAUUAAAUUUGUACCAUUCAUUAGAAUUUCAUUCUGCCUUGUCCUCACUUCUUCUUUUAUCUGUCCUUUGCCCUCUUUCUUAAACAGUGGGAAGUAUACACUUUUUUCUGCCCAUCAAAUAUACCCUAUGAAAGUGCAGUGCUUAAAAAUACCUUGACCCUCUGUUAUCCCUACUGUACAGGCCCAUGGGUUACCCACUUUGUGGAACACCAUGGAGAACUGAAGGUGAUAAAUUAUGCAGCUAUCUGUGUCAAAUUCCAUUGUAAAACAUAUUCUUAUUACUCAAACACUCUUUGAACUUCCAACCGUAAAGGUAAUAAUUCCAGUAAUAGAACUGUCUUUUGUAAGGAAACUCUCUGAUGAAUAUAUAUAUAGAUAUAUAUAUAAAGCUGAUGAUGCAAUAUGGGAAAUUUAAAUUUGUAAUUUGAUAAAUAAGAAUGGCACUUAAUCCUCAACUCAAACAUUGAAUAGUGGGCAUAUGUCACAGAGAAUUUACCCUAUGGCAGUUCAUGACUUAAUUUCUUUCUUGGGUAGUCAUUUUUACAGAGUUCUAUGAAAUAUAAGUGCUUAUCUUCAGAAAUGUGGCAAUAAAAAGAUAUAGCCAACACUUACAAAGAAGUGUGUCUUUUCCAGGAAUAGCAAAAGCAUUCACAGAAAGUUUGUGAUUUGUACGUAAACAUGCUUUUUUCCUUCUAAAAAACAAUGAUAAACACUUUUUUCUUAAAACAAAGUAUGUAUUAUUUUUUGGUGCAUAAAUGCAAAUUGGAAAUUUAUUGGACUUGAAGCUAAUACUCAUUAAACAAAUGUUUUCAUUUUAAUGGAAACAAACUAUACACAUAUAUUAUGUAUAAUAUAUAUCACCCAUUAAUCAACUAAAACAUCAUGAUAUAUUCUAGCUACUAAAGUCAGUAAUAUAAUUAGAUAUUGUUUACAUUUAAUGUAUGAUUUAAAAUAUUAAUUAAAAUGUGACUACAGUUUUGAUUAACUUGUAUACUAAAGUGCUAUGUUAAAUGAAGCAAUGUACUUUUGCAAACAAAGUUAUAUUCAAUCCUUAUUCGACUGGAAUAUCACUUUAUACAACAUGAUAAAACUAAAAAUCAUCCUCUGAUCUAUUCUAAUAUAUUGUUAAGAAUUGUGCACUGUUUAUCAUGUUCUUAGUAAAAAUGAAAAAUUGAAUUUGUGAAACAGGAAGAAUAGCAGAUAAUGUAUUUUUAAAUGGAUAAGGGAA